GGGAUUCCCGCUGCUGCAGCCGCGUGCGGUCAAACCCACAUCUCCAAACUGCAUCAGCCUGAUUUAGACUAAAUGAGAAGUAACGUUACAUGAGGCAGCAUGUGCUUACGAGAGCCUGUGCUGCUAUACUUGUCAAACCAGUCUUCGCCCGAAACAAGGGAAAAUCUGUGAUCAAGUGUGCAAUCAUACAGAGGAUGGGAGUGUAGAGACGGCGUGUUCGUGAGAAUCGAGCGAUGGAGCAGGCACCAGAGGAGGACAUGGAAAGCUCGUGGACUCUGCUCUCCUGGCUGGCCUCCUGCGUGAUUGUGUUCGGGGGCGCCGUGCCCUACGUCCCCCAGUACCAGGAGAUCCAGAGGACCAAUAAUGCAGAGGGUUUCUCCACAAGAGUCUGUCUGGUGCUGCUUCUUGCCAACAUACUGCGCAUUUUCUUCUGGAUAGGGAAGCAGUUCGAGAUGCCCUUGCUCUUGCAGAGCGUGGUGAUGAUUCUUACCAUGUUGGGUAUGCUGCAUUUGUGCUGUUCCAUUCAGGCCAGUAACCGUGUCAGUACCAAACAACACCACAUCACAGAUUUGGACAUAAGGUAUUUCUGGAGCUGGAGUUCAUUUGAAGACUACCUGAUCUUCUGUUUCGGCUUCACGCUGCUUUCUGCUUUUAUAACGUUCGUCUUUCUGGACUGGGUUCUGUUUGUGGAGGCUUUGGGCUCUUUGGCUGUGAUGUUUGAAGCCAUGCUGGGCCUUCCUCAACUGCUUCAGAACUACAACAACAGAUCUACUCGAGGCAUGAGUGUAAAGAUGGUGCUUCUAUGGACUGCUGGUGACAUCUUUAAGACCACAUACUUUGUGAUCAAUGAAAGCCCCACACAGUUUCUGGUCUGUGGUGCAGUGCAGAUCCUCAUUGACAUUGCCAUUCUGCUCCAGGUGGGAUACUAUGGCCAAGACUCCAGAAGCAAACUGGGUUGACCUCGCAUUUGAACGAUAAUAAUGAGGUUCACCACUCCUAAGCAAGGACACACAGUACUUUGUUAAAUGCCUGUUGCAAAACUGAUCUGUUACUUUUUCCAAUGUUUUUAAGUGAGAAAAAUGCAUGUACUGGGGUCUAUAAACCUGACAUGGUUGCUUCAUUUUAAAGGAUUUGGAAUCUAUAUUUGUAAACAUUUUUUUAUUGGAAAUUAUAUUAGCAUCAAUUUAUGGGCUCUUAAAUGACAAAAUACUCUUAAGCUGGUUUGGACUUGGCAAAACCUUAUAGUCCAUGUUCCCGAUUUGGGAAUUACAACAAUUCAUACCUCACCUUGUGUUGUACAAUUUGACUAUUUGUACAAAGUAAACAUGGUUAAGGUAACAAAUUUGAUUUGUGAUCAAUGAAUCAUGCAGAAUCUCACAUAAAUUUCAUGUUUUAUGUGUUGUAAUUAUUAAUCUAGGUUUUUAUUAGGGUUUCAAGUAGUUUUUGCUCUCAGUUUUUCAAUGUGCAUGCCUUUUUUAUACCCCAUUAUUUAUUUACAUUGUUAUGUCACAAACACACCUGUGUUUAUCUAUGUUUCCUCCUAAGGUUAUUACUCUUACCAAAUGACCGUUCACUUUGUUAUAUUUGGGAUAUUUGUCUUUUUACCAGCAUUUGGGAGACCUGCUACAUUUUCACUGCAACUGAACCACUGGGAAAUUUAGCAUGUGCCAAUUGCAUCCCAAACUCGAUUCAAACUGCUAGCUCAUUUAUCAACGAUUUGUCUUCUUAUUUUCAUUUAAGAGCACUAACACACUGUUACUUGCAAAGUUGCACACAAACGGCUGCAUACUAAACAGCAUAUUGAUGUUAUACUUUUAAACCCAAAUCCAUUUCCUGAUGUAUGGUUUUAUUGCCUAAUUUUAAUUACCUGCAUAAUAUUAGUGAAAAUGCAUGAAGGGCGUGCCAUAAAUAUAUAAUGUAAAAAUGAUAUAUCAAAUUGGAUUGCAAUGCUAACAUAACAAACGAUGGAUUAGUUGUGUUUUAUUAUUCACAUAGAUCAAUAGUCCCAGGAAGUAAUUUCACUAAAAGAUUGUUUAAUAUCGCAGUAUUGGUGCCAGAAUUUCACAUAUGCAGUGUGAUUUUUAACCAAAGUGGAAAGGUAUUGUGGAACGACUGCACUGGAUACCCCUGGGAUGUUACACAACAAAAAAGCCAAUGAUGGACAAACGUUGAGUAAUCUUGGGUCGAUAGCCUUCUUUGUCCUCCAAAGAUGGCAAUGAUGACAUCUCCGCCUGACUAUUACCAGUCUUUUAUCAUCCGUAUGUUUGUCCAAGCACAUUACGCCAAGACGAAGGGCAAUCUGCAAAGAAAUUGACAUUUGGACUGUUUUCAUGUUUCAAGUUAAUGAAGUUGGUGAUAAACGCGCAGUCACCUCAUCUUGACUCCUAGUGUAGAUGAUCAGUUCUGAUAAGCUUUCAUAAUAAAACAGUCCCACUCCAUUAAGUUACCGUUCACACACUGUGAGGCAUAUAUUUUGUCACUGCAAAAUAAUCUUACUUUAGCUUUAAGUCCUGCUUUAGCAUUUUAGCACUACUCAGGGGGAUAUAAAAGUGUCAUUUAAACAUCAGUUUUAGAUUCCAUCUUGGUUUUUGUUUUGGCUCUGUCUCUCUGCACCGUCUGGCUUAUAUUUCACACUAACAUGGAGCUAUUAAGCCUGGUGGCUCCCUUAGCAUUACUGUGGUUAUUAUGGAUGAUUCCAUAGCUUCGGUCUCUCAGCUGUUUCCUAUCUGCAUGGGCAGGUUUUAUCGGCUUUAGUUGUUAUUGUGGUAGGGCUGUCUGUGAGGGAAAUCUUUGCUCUGCUGUGCUGUUAAUCUCCUCAGCAUUAUCAGCAGCUAUAUCUGGCCCCAGCAAAGCUUAAAAAUAAUAACAUAUAUUCACAUGAAACUAUAAAACGUCUGUCCGGUCAAACCGUGCCAUCUCAGGUGCUGAUCUUUAAAGUCUCAGGAGACAUGAUGCAGUAUAUCUGUUAUGUGUGAUUUAGGUAUUCAGUUUGUCUUUCUGAUGUCACUUCUAAAGUUAUAAAAAUAUUAUUAUUGGAACUCAAUUAUAUAGAUUAAGGGUAUAGGCAAGGGAUAAUCCACAGCUAGCCGUGCGUUAAAGGGUUUUACGCAAAGCAGGGGGUGGUUGCCUCCGCAAAGUACAUUAAAAUCCUUUAACGCACGGCUAGCUGUGGAUUAUCCUGCUUAUACCAUGGUCAUUUGCCAAGUGAAAGCUGUAAUUGAUGUCUACAUUGUAAUUUUAGAUCAAACAGUUAUCGGUUAAUCAGUUUAUUUUAAAUGUGAUCAAAGUGUCUGGAGCUACCUGUGGGUUAAAGGGUUUUAAUGCACGCUUACCAACCAAUCAGAAUCGAGGAUUCAAAAAGACUAUUGAAUGAAAAGCAUGGCUCAGAUUUAAAGAGAGUUUUUGUAAUUCUGAUUGGCAUACACUGUAAAAACUGAUAUUUUACAGUUCUAUUUUUUUAUUGAAAUAAACAGCAAAUUUACAUUACAAGUUUAAAAUGUACAAGUUUAGUGUACAAAAUAUGAAAAACAGUUGAGAUAUUAAAGGGUUCUUGUGUGACUUUUUUCCCCCUUUCCUUUGUAACAGUUCUUUUCUGUACCUGUCUUGAACCCAAAUCCCUCAUUUAUCUUUAUAUAAAGACAUUCAUGUUUUGUUAAACAAUUAUCCAUAUCUUUCUAUUGUAUUGUAUGAAUUCAUGUUUAUCAAUUUCAGUUUUCGUAGUUGCACAUGACCAGUGAAUAGCUUUGCCAAGCUCAGUAAUUUUCUCAUCUUUGGCAAGGAAAUCGCUCUGAUGAGCAAGAUAAUGGUCUAUUAUGUGUUUAAUGUUGUGGGAUGAUGACCGUUUAAUGUUGCCUUAAUGUUCUGAACGUUUUUGUCUUUAAAGUCAUUUCAGAAAAACACCAUGCAAUAUGAGAUACAAAACAAGUCUUCUUUAUUUAUACAGUUUUUAAAUAUAACAAUAUCAGCCUAUGGAACUGUCAGAUGGGAUGUGUUUGCUACUGUAUAUUUGUCAUAUAUACAAAUUAUUGGGAUAAAAUAUUACUGUAUAAAAGCAUUUGUUUUUUAUUUGAAAGAAACAACACACAAUUCUCUGUACUGCAUCUACUUUAAAUAACGUUUUUUAUAUAUUCUUAUUGUUAUUCUACAACUUGCUAAGCCUACAUUGUCAGCCUGUUUUGAAGCACGAUCUGUAUUGCUUGUUGAAUUCUCAGGACUUGAUGUUAACUGAAUUGUUUGGAUUUGCAAAACUCCAGCAACAGACUUUAUUUAUAUAACAUCUGCUGCAUGAUUGCCCAUUUUAAAUUAAAUGUAAAUUGCCUGUGUGACCAGUGUAGUGGGGUGUAAAAUUGGAAACUCAUAUUCCAUUCGUUCCUGAUUCUGUACUCUGGGUGUGAGGCAAGUGUCAAUUCUGGAUAAUAAAGUAUUUCACUGA